GAUAACUCCUCGAUCAACUCCAAUAGUAAGUCUACUACGACUAAAAAGGUUUGAGCAGCAGCAUCCCAACCCCCACCACAUUACCAAUUUACCACAACCCCUGCAAAAACCUUAACUAGGGUUCUCUCUCUUCCCUUCAUUUCCAUUCUCACCCAACGCCAACUCUCUUCCUCUUAUUCUCAAAUCACGUUUUUCAGAUUGAACUCCUCCUUCUUUGCCUAGUAGGACCUGUACAUGGAAGCUGUCAUCUAAGCAACUCUUGAAUUUCUGAACUCCGAGCUUCUAUGCCCACUAUGGAAUCUGAAAGUUCAAUAAUAUCACGUGCUGAAGAACUUAAGUCUUUAGCUAAUGAAGCAUUUAAAGGGCACAAAUAUUCUCAAGCUAUUGAGUUGUACUCUCAAGCAAUCGAAGUGAACAAUCAGAAUGCUGUAUACUGGGCUAAUCGUGCAUUUGCACACACCAAAUUGGAAGAGUAUGGUAGUGCUAUACAUGACGCAACAAAGGCUAUUGAGAUUGAUCCCAAGUAUUCAAAGGGUUAUUAUAGGAGAGGGGCAGCAUAUCUUGCCAUGGGAAAAUUUAAAGACGCGCUUAAGGAUUUUCAGCAGGUCAAAAGGAUAUGCCCAAAUGAUCCAGAUGCUGCCAAGAAAUUGAAAGAAUGUGAAAAGGCUGUGAUGAAGCUAAAAUUCGAGGAAGCUAUAUCUGUACCGGAGUCUCAAAGGCGAUCUGUAGCUGAUUCCCUUGACUACCGCUCUAUUGUGGCAAGAAUGACCAGCAGUUCAAUUUUGGUGACUGCUGCUGCAGCAGUGGUUCUGGCUGCUGCAUUGAUGGCUGCAAAUUUAAUAUCAAUUGGAGCUGUGUUAGCAAUUAUCGCUUUGGCAGCAUCUAUCAUGGUCAUUGUUUUCCCUUUGGCACAGGUUGAACCACAAUAUUCUGGGGCUAGGAUUGAGGGAGAUACAGUUACACUGGAUUUUGUCAAGAAAAUGAUAGAGGAUUUCAAAACUCAGAAAUGUUUGCAUAAGAGAUAUGCAUUCCAGAUAGUCUUGCAAACAAGGGAAUUGCUGCGUGCCUUGCCUUCUCUUGUUGAUAUAACUGUCCCAGAUAACAAGCAUUUUACUGUAUGUGGUGAUGUACAUGGUCAGUUUUACGAUCUUCUACAUAUAUUUGAGCUCAAUGGGCUUCCUUCGGAAGACAAUCCAUAUUUGUUUAAUGGUGACUUUGUGGAUAGAGGCUCUUUCUCCUUAGAGGUCAUUCUAACGCUUUUUGCGUUUAAGUGCAUGUGCCCAUCUGCUAUGUAUCUAGCUAGAGGGAAUCACGAGAGCAGAAGCAUGAAUAAGAUAUAUGGGUUUGAGGGGGAAGUCAGGUCCAAGUUGAGUGAAACUUUUGUUGAGCUCUUUGCAGAAGUCUUCUGCUGUUUACCGUUGGCUCAUGUCAUAAAUAAGAAGAAAUUUGUAGUUCAUGGUGGCCUUUUCAGCGUAGACGGAGUAAAGCUUUCUGACAUUAAAGCAAUUGAUCGAUUUUGCGAACCUCCUGAAGAAGGAUUGAUGUGUGAAGUAUUGUGGAGUGAUCCACAGCCAAGCCUAGGGAGGGGUCCCAGUAAGCGUGGUGUUGGCCUUGCAUUUGGUCCUGAUGUCACCAAGAGGUUUCUGCAGGACAACGAUUUAGAUUUAGUUGUACGAUCUCAUGAAGUGAAAGAUGAAGGGUAUGAAAUCGAGCAUGAUGGUAAACUAAUUACCGUCUUUUCUGCGCCUAAUUAUUGUGAUCAGAUGGGGAAUAAGGGUGCUUUGAUUCGUUUUGAGGCCCCGGAGUUGAAACCUAACAUUGUCACGUUCUCUGCUGUGUCUCAUCCUGAUGUUAAACCAAUGGCAUAUGCCAACAACUUCCUUAGAAUGUUUUCGUGAUUCAAUGAUGCGGCCAAUUCAACUUGAAUCAAGUAUCGUGUAGAAUUUUUGAGCAAGGAGGAUUGAGAAGCUUGAAUCAGUUACCUUUUUUCUGGGUUAUACUCCUUUUUCUUCAACGUUUCUGGUUCUGGAGCACUCACCUAAUACGCUCCUGGCAAGAAGUGAUCAGUGCUUCAUGAAACAUAGUGCCAUGUAAAAUAUGUGGCUCCUUUUUCUUUUCUUAUAAUUCAUUUGCUGUUUUGUAUCUUUCCAUAUUGUUUAUUGUUUCUCAACAGCUAAAGAUACAAAAUAGUUUCAAGGCAAAAAAUGAUUUCCUGUAUUCCUCUUCUUGGAUUUGCAUUGAAAUUUUUUUAUUGUGCA